CAGUGUUGAGUCAAUUCUUCCCUGGGUGUCUGACACACAGGUUCAAAUGCUUUGGGAAAGUCAAACUGGUGAAGAAGUGUUAUCCGACCGCCUAACUCAAGUCUGCCACCAUGAUAUGGAGAUGGGUUCAUUUAAGUGCUCUUCUUCUUGGAGCACUCACAUCCCCAACUCCAUCCUCCCAACACACCACUAACACUGACGGAGAAUCUUGUCGCAUCUACAGAUCUGGCCGCUCAGCAGACUGUCUGGGAAGACAGUACGUAAAUAUCCCGUGGAGACAAUUUCCAUCCACACUGGAAGUGAUAGAUCUCUCUUACAAUAAACUUCAAGCUGUCCGUGUUGACGACUUCCUCCGCCUCCCUCAGCUUCACACCCUAAAGCUGCAGUACAAUAACAUUUCACACAUUGACAAAGAUGCCUUUAAAAACAACACGCUGCUGGAGCAUCUUAACAUCUUCAAUAACUCCCUGGAGGAAAUUCCUGCCGCAGCUUUGUCUCCUCUGUUGAAUCUGAAAAAGCUCUACAUGUCCAAUAACCUUUACAAAAGUGCGACUUUGGCUCAUAGCUUUUCCAAAUUUGUCAAACUGAAAGUUCUGUCUAUGGGUGGCCCUCUGGUGAUGGGUCUAAAGAAAGCUGAUUUACAGCCCCUGAAGAACAUUAAGUUACAGGAAUUUGCAAUUAAAUGUUCAUCCGAUCUAAGUUACUACGAGCCUGGAAGUUUAGAAGUCAUCCAGACAAGAGAUAUGGGCUUUGAUAUGGCCAUAGAUCAACUGCCACAUGCUCUUCCAUACAUGCUACAGGACAUUGCCAACAAGACCUUCAGGGCCAUCCAAUUCCGAAACAUCUUUGAGUUCAUGUACUACAUGGAAGAUGAAGACAUUUUCAAGGGUUUAAAAGACAUCACAGCCCAACAGCUCGUCUUUCACAGAGGUAAAUUCAAUGAGAAUCUCCUCAGUAUGGCUUUGAUGAACUUACAAGACGCCCCCAUCAAAAGGUUGAGACUUCAGUACAUCGACUUUGCCCGUUCACCCACGUUUGUUAAUAGCGGAGCUGGUUCCAGCAUCACCGACCUGGCACUGGAUAAGUUGGAUCUUUGGUAUAUCAGCAACCCUGAUAUCCUGAGAUUUGACUGGCGCUUCACCUGGUUCAACAAAGUUAAGGAACUGUCCAUUCAGCAUGUGUACUUCAACUUCGUUCCCUGCGAUGCCUGGGUUGAGAUGGAAGUUGUGGAGAUACUGGAUGCCUCCAAUAAUCGUCUCAAUAAUGAGUUCCUGUUUAACAAACAGUGUGAUUACAGGGGCGCCGUGCCAAAUCUUCAUACCCUCAACAUGAGCAGAAAUGUCCUUACCAGUUUAAGAGACUUGUCAAUGCUAACAAAGGAGUUCAAGCAGCUGCAUGUAUUGGAUUUUAGCUAUAACCAGAUGGGAUCUGCUGAAACAAGUCAGGACUGUGUUUGGCAAAUAAAUAUCACCAGGAUUAUAGCUCACCACAAUCCAUUUGUAAGUGAAGCUCUCCAGUGUCUGCCCACCGCGGUGCAGUACUUGGACUUGUCCUACUGCAACCUCGACCAGCUGGACAUGAUGUACUUUGAGAAAGCCACCAACCUGAAAGAGCUCCUGUUAAGUGGAAAUAAAAUCAAGUAUAUACCAUUUAAGUGGAAAAGUCAGUCACUGCAGUCACUAUCUUUGGAUGGGAAUUCGUUUGGUCUCAUUAGCAAGGCGUCUUUCCAGGAUAUGCCUCAACUAUCUCAGCUGAGGGCAGGGAACAAUCCUUUCCAUUGCACCUGUGAACUCUAUGCUUUCGUCCAGGAUACGAUUUCAAAGGCAAAGGUUAACCUGACCGACUGGCCUUGGAACUACAGGUGUUACCAUCCAGAGGCCUUGCUAAACACAGUCAUAUCCAAAUUCUUUCCAAGUCAUGUGGCCUGUGACACCAGACUAGUGAUCAUCAUCUCUGUGGUGACCACUGCAGCAGCGAUCUUGAUAUUAAUGCUGAUUUGCUAUAUUUUUGACCUGCCGUGGUACACGAAAGCAACGUAUCAGAUCAUCCGGGCCAAAUACAGAUAUCACAAGGAAAAGGCGGCGGGGGAAUUGGAGAAUUUUACUUAUCAUGCCUUUAUAUCAUACAGCCACUCUGAUGCAGACUGGGUGAGGGAACAGCUCUUACCCAGUUUGGAGAAUAACAAGAACCCUUAUCGUCUGUGUAUUCAUGAGAGGGACUUCAUGCCAGGAAAGUGGAUCAUCGAUAACAUCAUUGACAACAUUGAAAGCAGCCGUAAGGUAAUAUUCAUCCUCUCUCGGCACUUUGUUAACAGCGAGUGGUGCAACUAUGAGCUGUACUUCACUCAGCAGAGAGCAAUGGGAAAGACCUUUGGGGAUGUCAUUCUUGUGAUGAUGGAGCCCAUGGAUGCCGGGUCCAUUCCCAGCAAGUAUUGCAGGCUGAAGAAGAUGCUCAGCACCAAGACAUACCUGGAGUGGCCCCAGCAGGUCAACCUGCAGGCGUUUUUCUGGGCACAGCUGAGGAGUGUUCUGGGCAAGCCGACAAUGACCCGAGAGGAGAGGCACAGCGUUAAGAGCAGAACUUUAUCUGUGGGCGAAGUUUCUGUGAUUGGGCCCCCCAUCGGAGAUACCAGGCCUGAAGGAGCAACAUCUAAUGCAGACAAAGAAGCAGUACCAAAAGAUGAGAUCAUAAAAAGGAACAACUGUGAACUUUCCAAUCAAAGACAAAUUCCUCUAGUGGCACUUUGACAAAAAGGAUAGAAAAUAAAGAGGUUUUUUUUCAGUAGUGUCAAAGUACAGAACUGAGUUCAGGUAACCUUUUGGAAAUGAUGUAUGUAAAAGCUGGGAGCAGGAGCCAACGUCUCAUUAUGAGGAAAAGGACAUUACCAUUUGACAGCCCAUGGCAUUCUGUCGUGUUUUCCCGAGGACCCAGAGAUGCCCCCUGCUCCACGACAGGCCAGCUGCCAGGCUCCGAAACGCCACAAGCUGAAGAUUUCUCCUUUUGUAAUCUGGAUACAGUAACAAGUGUGGUUUCAGGACGAUAUGGUGACAGGAGCCUGACUGUGAAAGGACUAUGGUACAUCUUUGCUCCUCUAUAUAUAAGAUAUCAAGGGCCAAUUCAAUGGCCUAAAUAUAGCGAUAUAACAGGAAUGCGUCCGUUAAACUGGACAUAUCAUUUUGAAAUCCCUUAUGAAUGUUGGUAGAUAUUUAGAUUUAGCACGCCAUGCUAGCUCUUCACGAUGGGUAAUGUUUAGUGGUUAGUUAAAUCCUUGGUAAAUGUUAAACAUACACACAUAUGAUUGACUGUCCUUUGUAUUUAACCAAUUCUUUGCACUGACAUAGCCCAUGAUUUCAUAGUGGCUUUUUAACAAACCCUCUAGUGUUUCAAGGUUGACAGAUAAUCACUAAUUUGAUUGCUGUCAGAUACAUUUCUUACAGUGGUUUGUAACGUUAAUGUCAGUGUUUUCAAUACGUGGUAUUUUAUUGAUGGAUUUGAGUUAAGUUGAGUUCACACUUGUGCAAUACAAUGAUGAUGAAUGUUUCUUAAAAUAACGUGAUAUUUUACAAAUGACUUAUUAGCUUUCACUUUCACAUGAAGUGCAUGAAUCAGUAUUAUGUAACACUUUAAAAGCAGUCACUUUUAACAAUUGUACAUGUGAGACCUUUUGUAGAAAUUGCAAAUGGCCAGCAGAUGACACCCUUGAACUUGGUUUGGUUGAUGUCCUAGAGAGCGAGAAAGAGGGAGAGAUGAGUUACAGAUGAAGGAGACCAGUGUUAAAAAUGUUGUGUGCAUAAUCAUUAUCAUAUUCUAGACAAACAUGUUUGUUUCCCCUAGAAUUUCAAAACUUACUGUGUUCCGUAGUUGCCGUAAUAUGUAAAGUACAGUAUGUGCCUCAUUUUAAUUACUUGUGAAAUGCUGGACAUUUAUACUUCUCGUUUUUUGUGUAUUAUUGUGUUAUAUCCUAGCAAAAAUGACUAUAAGAUUGUGAUUUUGUUUAACGGCUCUUACCCACAGACCUAGCGUCAAAGGUGUUAAUGUGAGAUAGUCGUAACAUAACAUAUGUCAGAAUAA